AUGGCCCCUAGCAAACCGCGCGACCCAUCGCCUCCCGCCGGCUUCCUUUCUAAUGUCUUUGGUUUCGUCUCGCGCGAGCUUGAGUCGUUUGUCACGACCGCGGUCGGCGGCGACGCCACGGUGCAGACACACCCUCAGGCGUCGACAUCGCGCGUCACACUCGAUGGUGUGCAGAAGGGGCCCCCGCGGCGCAAGCGCGUGAGGAUGGCUGAGGGCGUGAAGGAUUUGGAGGGCGGCCCACGUCGGCGCCGCCCUGCGCGCGACGAAAGUGAGUCGGACGGCGCGUCGGGCGGGCCUUUGACGCCCCCACGCCGCAGCAAGAAGUCGAGGAUCCCCCCCGCACGCACGUCGCCCUCCCCCACGCCUGCGCGAGGACGUGUGCAGGCAGGCAACGACGAAGGCUCGCGCUCCCGCUCGCCGUCGCGGACGCCCCCGCCGCUUCCUGCUCUCCUGCAGUCGCGUCGGGCCGCCGCAACUAUGCCUGGCUCGCUCUUCCCGCGCUCGGAGUCGCUCCAGCCAGAUCUGAUGUCUUCGCCCCCUGUAGCUCCGUUUGCAGGCCGCUCUGUGCCCUUACGCACGCCCAGUCCUAUUCCCCGAGCAACUCGAGCAACACGCGAGAAGACGACGAGGUCCGAGCAGGAUGAGCGGGCUUCAGAUGAUACAGAGACCGAUAGGGGGCGGGUCGUGGCUGAGAAUGCCGACGUCCCUGAUAAAACGAGAAAAAGGAACGCCAGGAGUAAGAGCAGAAACAGAAGAGACGAGAGCCGCUCGAGAGACGGUAACACGAAGGAGAAGGCAAGGAACGUGCACGCGGAGGAUGCUAGGGACGAGUCGGACGAGACUGAGGUGGAGGGUGCAUCCUGGGCCACAAGCAAGGGUAAGGGUAAGGAGCGUGCGCACGAUACGUCUGGUGAGAUACGGGUGCGUGGCAAGGAACGCGAGUUGCAUGCUGCACGCGAGGCACAGCUGCGGAACGAACCUGGAAGCGACGACGAAGAGCGCGAGCGCGACAAACAGAGGAUACGAAUGCUCGAGGAGGAGAUUGUCAGACUGAGGGCGCAGCUUGCAACGCGCAAUAACACCAGUACUCAGAUGCCACCCCCGCCGCCUCCACCGCCUCCCCCAAUAUCGAGACCUUUCUCGACUGGACCUCGCAUAUCCUCAAUAGGACGUCCAGGAGGACCACGGCACGCCAACUCGUUCCUCGCUUCCGUCCGUGCCAAUCUAAAACCCACAGUCCCUCCUGUCGAAGCACCCAUCAACAACAUGGCGGGUCGCACGCGUAGGUCUGGCCAGCCGACUGUCAACGUCCCAUCAGACAAAAUGGCCGCAUUCUUGAGCGAAAUGAAGACCGUGCGUUUGCGCAAGGUCAGCAGUACGACCGGAAGUGGAGCCAUGCUACCACCUCCACCACCGCGCAGCAGUGCGGAUGGUGCCUAUGUGUACGGCGAGCGCUCGUUCAGUGCGGUCGAAGCCAGGAUUGGAGAGAAAAGGAAGCGUGAUGCCCUCGAGAGCAUAUCCGCUGCUCCUGGAAAACGCCGCCUCACUACGUUUGCAGUGCCUGCCAAUGACACAGGCUCUUCUACGUCCUCACAAUCGUCAUACGACACACAGCAAACAGCCGUCUCAUCCGCCUCAUCAUUAUCAUUUCCCCCGCCCGCUCAUUUACCGCCCCGCACAUGGCCGUCAGUCGCGACCACAGAGACGGAUAUCACUACCCCAUCUCUAUGUUCAGAUAACGAGAACGAGCACGAUACGGAAGAACGGAUCUUGCCCCCCACACCACCUCAUUCUGCGCAGCACCAUUCCGAGACAGCUCUCCCUACACAGUCCCAACAGGAGAAGCUUUGUAGUGCUCGCGAAGUCAUCGACGUUGAUCUCGAACCAGACUCGCAGCCUAUACCCUCGCGAUCACCACCGCCCGAUCCACCGGGGACAGGCGGAGACACACCUCCGAAGAAGGACGUGUUCGCGCAUCGUCCGCCCCGUUCACCUUUGCCUGAUAAGGCGCCCCGCAGGAUUGUGCCGCCCGCCCGCAAGCGUGCAAAGCAGCUCCAGAUACAACCUCUGGACAGCUCAGCGCGACAUGAUCCAGCGUCAUUGUCCGAUAAUGCCGUUCUUGUGGUGCCAGUGGGUCCAGAUCCUCUACCAUCGAGGCUGCCCAUCAGAGCAGGGAAGAAAGCACCUUCGAGGGCGCCUUCGAAACCUGGCCGGACUAUCAACGUGUCAUCCACAGAAAGUUCCUUGGAGGCACAAAUCCAACAGCCUGUGUCGAAUCAGCUUCGCAGACGGCGUACAUUGGAUGAAGAACUCCGCCGGGCUGGCGAUAUCCUUUGGAAGGAGGAUAGUGCACUGCAUGCACAAGCUGAUCUGGAUAGCGGGGAACUGGCCGGCGUAGGUACGAAAAGCACUAAGAAGGGAUUCUUGAAAGGUGGAGGUGCGGCUGGGACCCCCGUCUUUAUGGGCGUCGGCUACGUCCAAGGUGCUGAAGAUGGCGAUGAUGAAGACGAUGAGCCACCCUCACCUCCGCGACGAGGAAGGAGUAGCAAAGCAAAAGUUAGACCAUAUUAG